GUUUACUUUUGCAUUUUCAGGAACAAUCGUUGAUGUAUGCUGCAAGAAACGGCAUGGGUUUUGAAUAUUGAAAUUUGAUAACACACUACCCAUUUUCAGUUUUCUAAGUCUUGCCCUUGAUGUGACAAGUCGGCAAAAUUCAAUUAACACUUUCUGUUUCGCAACUCGGCACUCGCACACCUCCGUAGCAACUGUGUUUCCAUUCCUCUAUCAACCACUCCGUCGGCCUCUCAGUUCCCUUCUUACUCACCAAACAUGGCACCAUGACCAACAAACCCCUUCUCGGCGAGACCGCCCUCGUCCUCAGGACCCUCUGCUCCUCCUGCGGUCUUCCCAAGACCGGGCCCAAGCGCGUCCUUGUCCAGCGCCUGCGCCGAGCUGCCAGGCAAUUUCAGCCCAUUCCGCCCGAGGCCCGCAUCCUCAGCAUCGACCUCGGGCUCAAGAACUUUGCCUAUGCCCUCCUCAGCCCAGCCGCACCAUCGAAGAGGAAACAGCCCGCGGGGGGGUCUAGCAUUGACACCCCCUUGAACUCCCCAGUCCACCUCCACGCCUGGAAUCGCCUAGACCUAACCCUCCGCUCACACACUCAGAGCACCCCAAACAACACCCGACGCCAACCCAUCGCAAGGGGAGAAGGGAAGGAAGUGGGGGCAACAGCAGCAGCAGCAGCAGCAGCAGCAGCAGAAGAAGAAGAAGAAGAAGAAGAAGAAGAAGAAGCCUACUCCCCAGCCGCGCUGUCGGCCCGCGCCGCGCACCUGGUCAGGACGCGCCUGCUCCCGCUGCGGCCGACGCACGUGCUGAUCGAGCGCCAGCGGUUCCGCACGGGCGGGGCCGCCGCCAUCUUCGAGUGGACGCUGCGCGUCAACUCGCUCGAGGCCAUGCUGCACGCCGCCUUCGCCGCGCUCCGCGGGGUCCGGGUUCCCGCGCAGCCGGGCGAGGACGAUGACGGCAGCGGUGGCGGGGGUGUCGUCUGGAACGGGGUCGUGUGUUCGGUGCUGCCGAGGGCGGUGGCCGGGUUUUUGUUCCCCGCCGGCAGUGAUGCCGUGUUGUCCGUGCAGGAUGGGGAGAACGUCGGGGGGAAGGAGAAGAAAAAGGCCGUCGGGGCGGGCGCGGCGUAUCAGAUGCUGAAGCGGGGGAAGGUGGAUAUGCUGGCGAGGCAUCUGAACGACAGACGGUUGAUUAUCCCGGCCGAGGGGCAGGCCGAGGAGAUGGUGCGGUUGUUCAUGGCCGGGGCGGAGAAGAGGAGGGAGGGGAAGAGGAGAGGUGGGAGGAGACGAAGGCAAGAAGGGGUGGAGGAGACCGAGCGGAAGGACGCGGAGGCGGAGGAGGAGGUGGUCGCCAAGCUGGAUGACUUGUCGGACGCCAUGCUGCAGGGUAUGGUGUGGCUACAAUGGCAGAGCAAUCUCGAGGCGCUGAUUCGGGAGAGGCCGGCACUGUUUGACAACUAAGGAAGAACCGACGUCGUUAUGGCGAUUGGGGGUUCUGCGCAUUCGGGAGACGCAAUCGCAGAGAGAAUUCUGGUAGACGAGAUGUAGA